CCAAACGCCGUUGGCUCAGGGCGGAGCCUGCGGCCUAGCGGCAGGUUCGUGGGGAUGAGGACAGCAGCACCCUCGCCACCCUGGGAACCUUCGUUGGCCUAGACCCGCUGACCCAGACGGAGCGUCCUCACCACCGAGAAGAGUGCCUAGAGUGGACGAGCCCGCCCCACCGUCCGCUCCGCUCCUCCCAGCCACCUCUAUCCCGGAAGUUGUGCCGAGCGCCCGAUCGCGUGCUGCUAGCCAGAAGAGUCUGUCGCCUGCUCGAUCUGGACGGACCGUGCUUGCGAAAGCAUCACCAUGCCUUUGGCUAGAGAUUUGCUACAUCCUUCCUUGGAAGAGGAAAAGAAAAAACAUAAAAAGAAACGGCUAGUUCAAAGUCCAAAUUCUUAUUUUAUGGAUGUAAAAUGUCCAGGUUGCUACAAGAUUACCACAGUUUUUAGCCAUGCCCAGACAGUGGUUCUUUGUGUAGGUUGUUCAACAGUGUUGUGCCAGCCUACAGGAGGAAAGGCCAGACUCACAGAAGGUUGUUCAUUUAGAAGAAAGCAACACUAAUGAUCUGUGCAACUUCCAGAAUUUAUGUUUUCUCACAGAAGCCUUAUAAGUUCAGUAAUUCUAGUUACUCUUCCAAGAUAAUGUAAUUACAUUUGAUUUUGUAAGGUAUACAACAAUGAUCUCCUAUUUUGGUGUUUUUCAAUAAAGUUUUAAUUAUGGACAA